AUGUUUAUUCGUUACACAAAGAUAUGUAUCAGGCUUGAUCAAGGAAAGGGAAAAGGAGACAUGGGCAAAGACGAAUGCAUGAAGGAAGAGAACACAGCCUAUCGUGUCGCCAAUGAACUCUUGGCUUAUUUGUUUUUGCUUUUGCUUUUGCUUUUAGAGCACCUUAUCCAAUGGCACAGACGUGAGGCUAGGUUUCUGGUUCCUACUUUUAGCCUUAGUCUUAGUUCUAAUCCUCCUCAACUCCUGUUUCCUGCUCCUUGCCCCUUACUCUCAGCUCCACGUUACUUACUGCUUGGUCGUAUUUAUGGAUGA